UGUUGCUAAGAGACAGUAUGUGGGAGGCUGUCAGAAAUGAUGAAGGGAGGGGAUGAUGAAUGAUAUUUAGCUAGCUGUAAUGUUCGUGAAUAGACUGUAAUAGCUAGCCAGCUAUAUAACUUAAAUACAUAUACUUUACUACAUUCUGAACAAAACAUCACAGCUAAGCAAUUCGUUAGACAGCUGAGUGCGUUGUAUUCGUGAGUCGUUGAUUUAUCAUAAUAAAUGGUUUUGGAGCUGGCAGUGCCCGCAAAUGCAGGCCCAUUGCUUCACCGCUCCAUCCAGCACAUUGAGCGUAUUUUCCGGGUGAGGGUCAGCUACGGGUCCGCUGAGUCAAACUGCGACAGCGCAAAUGUCAGCACCAGCAAUAUAAUCAUAGUUCGUGUCGGAGAGGGCGAGGAAGAUGACUGCACCAAGGCAAAAGAUUACAUAGUGUCCUUAAUUUCGCCAGCUCACCGAAAGCGGGAGCGUCUAACGUUGGCUUUACACAUACAGCUGGCUGCGCUGAAGUCAGCCAUCGAGUAUGAUUCUCAGGCUGUGGUGGAGGUGAGGGAGCAUGUGGUGGACAUCUCCGGUGGCGAGAGGAACGUGAUGACGGCAUGGUCGAUGGUGGAGAAGAUCAAAAUGGAGAAACACCCAUGCAGGGAAGAGGCCCCUGAGCUGACUGAGGCCCAGCAGCCCAGUGGGGAGUCUGAGGAGGGAAGCAGCUCAGAGAGCGAGUCAGAGGAGCAGAAUCAGCUGCAGCUGAACAGCGGCGGCUGUAAGAGGAAAGAGCCCUUCAGUGCCACCAAGCCUCACCGGCAGCUCUGUCGCUCUCCAUGCCUGGACCGGCCCAGCUUCUCCCAGAGCUGCACUCUACCAGAGCUCCGCAUUGAAGACACCAAGGCCACUGCAGUGCUUAAACAUGCCAGUGACAAGGAGUACCAAACCAAGAUGGAGUUUGCCUUGAAGCUGGGAUACUCAGGUGAACAGGUGGAGACCGUGCUGAACAAGUUAGGGGCUGCUGCCCUUAUCAAUGACAUUCUGGCUGAGCUUGUAAGGCUUGGUAAUAAAGGAGAACCGGAGGUUCAAGCCAGCAGUAACACCGGCACGUUCGUCUCCCGUGGAGGCCCCUGUGUCAAAGAGGCUGUCAGUCCGGAGGUGUCACUUGAAGAUGAUUCUGUGGAUCCUUAUGAUAAUCUCAGGCCUAUCGUCAUUGAUGGAUCGAAUGUGGCGAUGAGUCAUGGAAACAAAGAGGUGUUCUCUUGCCUUGGCAUCCAAUUGGCUGUUGAUUGGUUUGUGGAGAAAGGACACAAAGACAUCACAGUGUUUGUUCCUGCCUGGAGGAAAGAGCAGUCGAGACCUGACGCCCCCAUUACAGACCAAGACAUUUUGCGGAAGCUAGAGAAAGAAAAGAUCCUAGUGUUCACCCCAUCUAGAAGAGUCCAAGGAAGGAGAGUGGUGUGCUAUGAUGAUCGCUUCAUAGUGAAGCUGGCCUGUGACUCUGAUGGCAUUAUUGUGUCAAAUGACAACUACAGGGACUUACAGAAUGAGAAGCCAGAGUGGAAGAAGUUCAUAGAGGAGCGACUGCUGAUGUACUCAUUUGUCAAUGAUAAAUUCAUGCCACCUGAUGAUCCUUUAGGAAGACAUGGUCCAAGUUUAGAGAAUUUCCUCCGCAAGCGUCCUGUUGUUCCAGAGCACAAAAAGCAACCCUGUCCAUAUGGGAAAAAAUGCACUUAUGGACAUAAGUGCAAGUACUAUCACCCAGAGCGUGCAAACCAGCCUCAGCGGUCAGUGGCUGAUGAACUGAGAGCGUUUGCCAAGUUGUCUGCUGUAAAGACAAUGAGCGAGGGGGCCCUGGCCAAGUGUGGCACUGGACCCACCACAGCUAAGGGGGACAGUGGCUCUGAGGCUAAACGUGUGGCCCCCAAGCGCCAGUCUGAUCCCAGCAUCCGCUCAGUGGCCUGCGAGCCAGAGGAGAGACUGUCUGCUGUCCGUAAGCCUGAGGCAAAUUCUGUGCCUUCCCUCGUGUCUGCCCUCAGUGUGCCCACCAUGCAGCCUGCUAAGAGCCACGGGGCUGGUGCCUUGAACACUCGAUCAGCCAGCAGCCCAGUACCCGGCUCCCUCCAGUUCACCCACAGCUCCCUGGAGCACAUGUCUAGUGUACAGUACCCACACCCACCCAUCCUAGUCACCAACAGCCAUGGUGCUUCUGUCACUUACAGUGAACAGUUUCCUAAGUAUGAUUCUGUGAGCACAGACCACGGAUACUACUCUAUGCUUAGUGAUUUUUCUAACAUGAGCAUGAGCAGCAUGCACAACGUGGACAGCUUCUGUAGCAUGGAGCAUGAGCAUGGGAUUUAUCAGCGAAAUCCCAGCCAGCAUUGCCCUGAGCCCUGCCUCAGCCACUCUAACAGUGACUCCUUCUCCUCUUAUGGGGAAUUAUACAUGAGCUCAGUGGACAGUAGCCUGGAUGAGAGCAUAAAGGGGCAGCAGUCUCCUGCACAGAGCAGACUCCAGGCCUUCUCCCAUGGGGGGUUCCACCACGAGGCCCUGACCCGAGUGCAGAGCUAUGGCCCUGAGCAGCCUAAGCAGGGUCCAAGCAGGAAGCAGUCCAUAUCCCACCUGGCACCGCAUGUCCAGCACCCUGCUGUUGGGGCCAGGUCCAGCUGCCCAGGGGACUACCCCUUACCUCAGAAUGUCCUCCCGUCACAGUCCUCACAACCGGGACGCUCCCUGGGCAUGACACGCAUGGACAGCAUCUCAGACUCCAGGCUGUACGAGAGUAACCCCAUGAGGCAGCGGAGACCCCCACUGUGCCGCGAGCAGCAUGCCAGCUGGGACCCGCUGCCCUGCGGCAGUGAAUCCUAUGGAUACCACUCGUACCCCCUGAGUAACAGCCUGAUGCAGCCGUGUUGUGAGCGGGUGAUGGUCCGCAGUAUGCCUGACAAGAUGGAGCAGAUCUGGAGGUCUCCGUGGGAGAACCCGCCUCAAGCCGAGCGCCAUGUCAUCCCAGAGCACCAGUACCAAACAUACCGCAACCUCUGCAACAUCUUCCCCGCUUUCGUGGUGCACUCUGUCAUGGAGAAAAACCCUCAUCUAACGGACCCACAACAACUCGCUGCUGUCAUUGUCACGAAGCUGAGGUCUUGCCAUUAAGUGUGUUUAUUUUAUUUUUGAAGCUACAAUUGUCUGAAUAGUAUUAGUAUUCUAUAUUUGAAGUUAUUUGAUUGUCAUCAAAACAAUUUCUCCUCAUGAAAUUCAGAAACCCAAAAUCAUUAUAAUCAAAUGUAAGGGAAACUUUGACUGAUGGUAAGAUUAUGUAUUUGAAUUGAAACGUAGUCCUCUAUCAUUUGAUACAGUGAGGAAUUAGUUCACUAUACCUAGAUAAUAUUGUGCAUAUCUGACACUGAUGUAAAUACUAUGUGACUUUGUUGUUUAUUGUGCAAUGAUUUGUGGUAAAAGACAGAGGGAAGUGAGUGCAACCAUACCUCAGAGCAUGAACUUUGACAUUUUAAUGGCCUUAUAUCUGAAUGACCUCACUUCUCCAGUCAUUGUUUAAUGGAUUUCAAUGAAUAUCCUUAUGUUGUUGAGGUCAGUCUCUUUUGCUUUUUAAAUGUUAAGCACUGUAAGUAUUUAGAAUGAUAUAUAUAUUUUCUCAAUCUCACUUUACAAAGCUACUAUUUUGGUAGAACUUGUGAGUGCACGUAUAUAAGCAAGCCAAACUAGAACUGGGAAAGAUCAGACUUAAAACACCUGUGCUAGUAUGACACAUGAAAGCCAUUUCAAAGCUGCUGAAAUAAUGCCAAAAAGAUAGAUAAUUGACCUUGUCAUUAUAAAGCAAUUAUAGUUUUGAUGCAGACAAUUGAUUGGAUAGUAGUGUAACAUCACACCAGUGUUGUAAGCCUUUUCUAUGGUAUAUUGUAUGGCUUGCUGUGUUGAUUAGUUACAUUAAUGUAACUGUGUUACAUGAACAUUAUUGGAAUCAUUUUGAGCAUGUGUAUAUAUCAUUGGGACCUGGCAUGUGACUUAAUGGCACAGAAUGGCACUUCCAUUGUGUCUAACAUGACUUAUUUGUAAUUACUAAGGAACUGGUGAAGUCUCUUUGGCAAAAUGCUUUAAAGAAAAGCAUCAAUUUCCUUAUUAAUGCUGAGAGACAACCCAUAUAAAUGAACACAUGUAAAGAAAACAAAAAAAAAACAUUUCUGAAUGUUAUUUGCCCAAAAUAAUUUUGGGGCUUUGUUGACUUUUGUUUUUUCAUGAACUAAGAGCAGGCCAUGUUGGGCCUGUUGUCUCUUCAUGAGAAGGUGUGACACACUGCCUAAAUGUUUCUUACUGUGAAACACUCAGAAUGCGAGGCUGCCGUCAGGGUUGUUUCUGGCAUUUGGCUUACAGUUUGCGUGCCUACCUUUUCCCCUCACUACUUUCCAUCACGUUUGAAAGGUUUCAUUAUGAUGUGAAAUAUGUUGGUUAUAAUAUCAUUUCUAAAGACUUAUGGAAUUUCUUUUCUCAGUGAGUAAAAUAUGAUCUGAAAUCAAGGUCUUGGGCCAUAUCUAAUGCACGUUCAUAUUUAGUUUAUUUUGGCAUGACGUGCAUGUUUCAUAUUUUUGAUGAGAGUAGAAGAGAGCCCCCCCCCCCCCCC